AUGAACACGAAAACAACUUUAUGCUUGAUGCUUCUAGUUUUUAGUUUUUUACUAAAAGAAGUCUCUGCCAAUAUUUAUGCCUGUCAUACUGGUUCAACUAUUCUUCAAAGCAACUUAUUGACAAAAUGUGUAUGCCUCGAGGACAUAGGAAGACGACGACGAUCAAGGGCUUGUACACAGCAAAUCGCCAACUCUGUCCUUUAUUUGCAAAAUACUGAUGUCAUCGACCGUGUGCAAUAUCUUUUUUUCCAAACUUUGUCAAAGAUAGCAAGAGACAGAAAACAGCGUGACCAAUGGGAUGUGUGCUUGGCGGAUGCCAUAUUAGCAAUACGAACGAUGCCUAACGAUGUCACCAAGUACAGUUCCUCAUUUUUACUCUAUGGAUAUGAAUUACGCACCCCUGCUACCUGGCCUGCUCCAAGAUCGGAUUUUGUAGAAGGUGAUGAUUUUUCCUGA